GUGUGACGGGGCGGUCCGCGUUGCUGCGUCCACCCUCUCCUGCUCCCCGUGGUCUCUGUGCCCUCCAGGAUGUAGCUGCUCUCUCCGCGUCCCCCCAGAUUCCAGCCGCAGUCUCCGCGACCUCCAGGCUUCAGCCGCCAACACUUGGUUCCCAGGAUCCCGCAGCCGUCUUUGCGUCCUCCAGAUUUCAGCCGCCGUCUCUGAGUCCCCGGAUUCCGGUUUUGCGACCCUCGCUGCCUUCGCGCCCCUGGGGCUGUGGCAGAGAUCUCCGCGAUUCCCCAGGAUCGAGCCUCGGUUUCUGGUGCCCAAAACCCAGACUCCAGCCGUCGUCUCCCCACUCUCCAAAAUCCGGACUCCGCCGCCGUCUCUGCAUCUCCCGAAUAGAGCCAGGUCCCCGCCUCCCCCCAAACCAGACUCCAACUGUGAUCUCCACACCCUCCCGGGAUCCCGCUGUCGCGCCGGAGCCCGCGAGUGCAGCAGCACCCCACCGCGCGCCCCGAGUCCGGCAGGGGCUCGGCGGGGAGAUGAACGCGCAGCUGGACGGCCUGUCGGUGAGCUCGUCCUCCACCGGCUCGCUGGGCUCGGCCGGCGGCGGGGGCGCCGGGCUGCGGCUGCUGUCUGCUAACGUGCGCCAGCUGCACCAGGCGCUCACGGCGCUGCUGAGCGAGGCCGAGCGCGAGCAGUUCACGCACUGCUUGAACGCGUACCACGCGCGCCGAAACGUCUUCGACCUGGUGCGCACCCUGCGCGUCCUGCUGGACAGCCCGGUCAAGCGGCGCCUGUUGCCCAUGCUGCGUCUGGUCAUCCCGCGCUCCGACCAGCUGCUCUUCGACCAGUACACGGCCGAGGGCCUCUACCUGCCCGCCACCACCCCCUACAGGCAGCCCUCUUGGGGUGGCCCCGACGGCGCGGGACCCGGGGAAGUGCGUCUGGUGAGCUUGCGGCGCGCCAAAGCUCACGAGGGCUUGGGCUUCAGCAUCCGCGGAGGCUCGGAGCACGGCGUGGGCAUCUACGUGUCGCUGGUGGAGCCAGGCUCCCUGGCAGAGAAAGAAGGGCUGCGGGUUGGGGACCAGAUUCUGCGCGUCAAUGACAAAUCCCUGGCCCGAGUGACCCACGCGGAGGCCGUCAAGGCUCUGAAGGGUUCCAAGAAGCUGGUGCUGUCCGUGUACUCAGCGGGGCGCAUCCCCGGGGGCUAUGUCACCAACCACAUCUACACCUGGGUGGACCCUCAGGGCCGCAGUACCUCGCCGCCCUCGGGCCUGCCCCAGCGCCACGGCAGUGCCCUGAGGCAGCAUGAGGGUGACCGGAGGAGCACCCUACAUCUGCUGCAAGGCGGGGAUGAGAAAAAGGUGAACCUGGUGCUGGGGGAUGGCCGGUCCCUGGGCCUCACCAUCCGUGGGGGAGCUGAGUACGGCCUUGGCAUUUACAUCACCGGUGUGGACCCGGGCUCUGAGUCGGAAAGCAGCGGGCUCAAGGUUGGGGACCAGAUUCUGGAGGUGAACGGGCGGAGCUUUCUCAACAUCCUGCAUGACGAGGCGGUCAAGCUGCUCAAGUCGUCUCGGCACCUCAUCCUGACAGUGAAGGACGUCGGGAGGCUGCCCCACGCCCGCACCACCGUGGACGAGACAAAGUGGAUUGCCAGCUCCCGGAUUGGGGAGAUUGCCGCGAACUCAGCAGGGUUUCCUGGGGACCCCAGCACAGAAGGGACAAGCAAGCCAGGAUUUUAUAAGGGCCCAGCCGGCUCCCAGGUGACCCUGAGCAGCCUGGGGAACCAGACACGGGCGUUGCUGGAGGAGCAGGCGCGGCACCUGCUGAGCGUCUCUGUGGAGGCCCUCGUCAUGGCCCUGUUCGAGCUGCUGAACACCCACGCCAAGUUCUCGCUCCUCUCUGAGGUGAGAGGCACCAUCUCCCCGCAAGAUCUGGACCGCUUCGACCACCUGGUACUGAGGCGGGAGAUUGAGUCUAUGAAGGCACGGCAACCCCCAGGCUCUGGGGCUGGGGACACCUACUCCAUGGUCUCCUACAGCGACACAGGCUCGUCCACAGGCAGCCAUGGCACCUCCACCACCGUCAGCUCAGCCAGGGAGCGGCUGCUGUGGCUUAUAGACCUGAUGGAGAACACUCUGGACCUGGAGGAAAGUGGCGAGGCCGUCCAGGGCAAUGCCAACACUCUCCAAGACGUGUCUGUGGAUGAUGUCAAAUCCACCUCUGAGGGGCUGCAGAGCUUCAAGCCACCUCCUGCCCCACCUCUGACCCAAGGCCACAACUGUCCCCUUGUCCAGCCCAGGAAGCCAGGGAGAGAAGACCUCCAGUCUCCUUCCUCAGCCUCUUCCCACUCGGGCAUCGUCUUCUCGGCUCCGCGGAACCACAGCCCGCCGGCGGGCACUGCACCCACCCCAGGGACCGCCUUGACACAGGACUCACCCUCCUCCCCCAUCUACGCCUCUGUCUCCCCUGUCAACCCUGGUUCCAAGAGACCACUGGACGCUCAUCUGGCCCUGGUCACCCAGCACCCCAUUGGUCCCUUCCCUCGAGUCCAGUCACCCCCACACCUGAAAAGCCCCCCUGCAGAGGCUGCGGUGGCCGGGAGCUGCCUUCCACCGCCCUCACCCUCCAGCCACCCAGACCAGACUGGCACGAACCAGCACUUUGUCAUGGUGGAGGUGCACCGCCCAGAUAGCGAACCGGACGUGAACGAAGUGAGGGCGCUGCCUCAGACGCGCACCUCCACACUCUCCCAGCUCUCGGACAGUGGGCAGACCCUGAGUGAGGACAGUGGCGUGGAUGCUGGCGAAGCAGAGGCCAGCAUCCCAGGCCGAGGCAGACAGACGGCAUCCAACAAGAGCAGGAGUAGCAAGGAGCCACCUCGGAAUGAGAGGACUGCAGAGGGGGCCCAGAAACCGCCAGGGCUCCUUGAGCCCACAUCCACUCUGAUCCGCGUGAAGAAGAGCGCAGCCACGCUGGGCAUUGCCAUCGAGGGUGGUGCCAACACCCGCCAGCCUCUGCCCAGGAUCGUCACCAUUCAGCGAGGCGGCUCGGCCCACAACUGUGGGCAGCUCAAGGUGGGCCAUGUGAUCCUGGAAGUGAACGGACUGACGCUCCGGGGCAAGGAGCACCGGGAGGCCGCCCGCAUCAUCGCCGAGGCCUUCAAGACCAAGGAGCGUGACUACAUCGACUUUCUGGUCACUGAGUUCAACGUGAUGCUCUAGGGGCUCAGUCCUGAGGGUCUCCUGCCACUGCCCAGCCCCUGCUCCUGGCCUCGCCUCCCUCCUGGCACCAUUGGGCUCCUUGAGGGAUCAGGGCUAUAUGGCCAGGGUAGCAGGAAGAUGCACCCCUCCAUCCCAGCCUGCAGGACCAGAACCAGGAGGAGAAAGCGGGCUAGGCACACAGAUGGGCGAGCCAGGAUCCGGUGCUGUGUCGGGUAUACAGUAGGCACUCAAUACAAGCAGGUCCCAACGGGGGGAGAAAGAAGAGGAAGGACAGAGUGCCUGCUUUUCCAGGUUGGAGGGGAGACUCAGCCCAUCCCCGGAUGCCCGAGCCUUUGUCUGGAGUGAGGUCACGUGAGGACUGAUGGCCAUGGCUAACCCCCACCAGGGGCAUCUUGCAGGACCUUUAGUGCCACAGAUAAGCAUCGAGCACCCCCAUCCACACCCCAUUCCUCCCAGCUCCUUGUCCCCCAUGGUAUUUAUUAUUUAUUUCCCUCCCCGCUCUCCUGGGGACCCCAAGGCCCCGGCUUCCCACCGCACCCCAUCCUAUCCCAGAGGCCUUGCAGGUGACCAGCAGCGUCAGUGUAUUUAUAUACAGAGCUUAUGACUUUAAUUUUUCAAUAAAGAAAUCAGAACGA